GCCGCGGCCGCGGCCGCCGCCAUAGAGACUGUAGCCCUGGAGACUGUUACCAACGCGGGGCGACACGCAGCGCCGCCGCCCGGGAGCCGCUGCCCGAACCCCCGGCCGAACUCCAGACCUGAGCAUGCAGAAUUCGGACAGUGGAUCGGAUUCCCCCGCAUCCGUGGCUCUACGGCCUGCAGCGGCCGCCCACACUGUACCAGCAUCCCCGCAGAGGGUGCUGGUCCAGGCAGCGGGCUCAAUGCCCAAAGGCGCCCCGAUGCAGCCGAUCGCCCUCCCCAGAGUCCAGCCCAUGCCUCAGCAGGUGCAGCACGUGUACCCCGCGCAGGUGCAGUACGUGGAGGGGGGAGACGCUGUCUACGCAAACGGAGCCAUCCGAGCGGCCUACGCCUACAACCCUGACCCGCAGAUGUACAUGCCCAGCAGCGCAGCUUCUUACUUCGAGGCCCCAGGUGGCGCCCAGGUGACAGUGGCAGCCUCAUCCCCACCAGCAGUCCCCUCCCACGGCAUGGUAGGCAUCACCAUGGAUGUCACAGGAAGCCCUAUCGUGUCUGGCGCCGGAGCCUACCUUAUCCACGGGGGCAUGGACAGUACAAGACACUCCCUGGCCCAUACCGCUCGCUCCUCACCUGCCACGCUUGAAAUGGCGAUUGAAAAUCUCCAAAAAAGCGAAGGAAUGGCCCCUCACAAAAGCGGCUUACUCAACAGCCAUCUGCAGUGGCUCCUGGACAAUUACGAAACGGCCGAGGGCGUGAGCCUGCCCCGCAGCUCCCUGUACAGCCACUACCUGCGCCACUGCGAGGAGCACAAGCUGGACCCGGUCAAUGCCGCAUCCUUCGGGAAGCUCAUCCGCUCCGUGUUCAUGGGCCUGCGCACACGGCGCCUGGGGACCAGGGGCAACUCGAAGUACCAUUACUACGGCAUCCGCCUGAAGCCGGACUCCCCACUGAACCGACUGCAGGAAGACACACAAUACAUGGCCAUGCGCCAGCAGCCUGUGCACCAGAAGCCCAGGUACCGGCCAGCCCAGAAAUCAGACAGCCUUGGGGACGGCGGCUCCCAUAGCGCUGUGCACAAUACACCCGAGCAGGCCGUGGCGGCCCAGGGCCAACACCACCAGCAAUACAUAGACGUGUCCCAUGUGUUCCCAGAGUUCCCAGCUCUGGACCUGGGCAGCAUGCUGCUGCAGGAGAGUGUCACGCCACAUGACAUCAACGCACUGCAGCUGGCAUACCGCCGCCACUGCGAGGCCACCUUAGAUGUUGUCAUGAACCUCCAGUUCCACUACAUUGAGAAGCUAUGGCUGUCCUUCUGGAACUCCAAAGCCAACAGUGAUGGCCGCGCCUUGUUAUCUGCCAGCGAUGAGGAGCCAGAAGGUGCCAUUCUCCCCAAGGAGAAGCUCAUCUCCCUGUGUAAAUACGACCCCAUCCUCAAGUGGAUGCGUAGCUGCGACCACAUCCUCUACCAGGCGCUCGUGGAGAUCCUCAUCCCUGAUGUGCUGCGCCCAGUCCCCAGUUCCUUGACACAGGCCAUUAGGAACUUUGCCAAGAGCUUGGAGGGCUGGCUGACGAACGCCAUGAGCGACUUCCCACAGCAGGUCAUCCAGACCAAGGUGGGGGUCGUCAGUGCCUUUGCCCAAACACUGCGGAGAUACACGUCCCUCAACCACCUGGCACAGGCUGCACGCGCUGUGCUGCAGAACACAUCCCAGAUCAACCAGAUGCUCAGCGACCUGAACCGCGUGGACUUUGCCAAUGUGCAGGAGCAGGCCUCAUGGGUGUGCCAGUGUGAGGAGAGCAUGGUGCAGCGGCUGGAGCAGGACUUCAAACUCACCCUCCAGCAGCAGAGUUCACUGGACCAGUGGGCCAGCUGGCUGGACAACGUGGUCACCCAGGUGCUCAAGCAGCAUGCGGGCAGCCCCAGCUUCCCCAAGGCCGCACGCCAGUUCCUGCUGAAAUGGUCCUUCUACAGCUCCAUGGUCAUCCGCGACCUGACGCUGCGCAGCGCUGCCAGCUUCGGCUCCUUCCACCUCAUCCGGCUCCUGUACGACGAGUACAUGUUCUAUCUGGUGGAGCAUCGCGUGGCCGAGGCCACCGGAGAGACGCCCAUCGCUGUCAUGGGAGAGUUCAAUGACCUGGCCUCCCUGUCAUUGACACUGCUUGACAGAGAGGACAACAGUGAUGGUCAGGGUCACGAGCCCGACGGGGACAGCCACAGCCUGGGUGAGCCCCUGGUGAAGCGGGAGCGCAGUGACCCCAGCCAUCCACUGCAGGGCAUCUAGCACCUUCCUCAGGCGCCUUCCACACACUUCUGGAAGGUGUUGCCCAGCCCACUGGGAACCUGAACCCCGGCUGCUCCACACUAGUGCCUCUUAGAUGACAUGAUGUUUAACGUGACUUCAGGGGCCCCCCUCCCUGGGGUGCACCCCCUCAGAGGACCAGAGACUGUUGGAUAAGAGAUGACUGAUGCUGCCCUGCUCCUGCUGAGGUCUCGCCCAGCUGUCCCCUGGCCACCACAGCCCCCACCCUCAGCUGCACGCACGAGCCUUAGAGGGUGUUCCCAGCUGUCCAGGGAGACACUGAGGCCCUGCCAGGGCUUCUGCUCGACUCAGCUGGUACUAAUUCCUACCAUAAUUUAAAAACAACAACAACAACAAAUAAAAAAAAGAGUACUCCUGGCAGAGCCCAGAGGGAAGGGACAGCCUCUCCCCACCAGGUCCCAAGCACGGUAGUUCCCAUGGGUCUCCUCAGGAAUGGAGGCCCUGGCCACAUUGUGAAGAGUGAAGGACCGUCUACAUGUGCCUCAUGGCCUCUCGGCCACAUGUCCCCCGCCAGACCUCCACGGGGCUGACUGAGGCACAAGAACCAGCCAGCCCCGUCUGCACAGGCCAAAGGCCCCUUCAGCGGCAGCCCCCGCAGCUGACCCUGGCAGGGAUCUGGGCUUCUGUCCAAGUUCACAGUCAACAUCAAGCCACCCCCAGUGGGCCUGGAAUGGGUUUACUCAGGGACCCGGGUGGCUCUGUGCCCCCCACAGGCAGCACCCACCAUGUCGUCAUGUACCGCAGUGCCUGGUACCCUCCUCAGUCUUCCAGUGUCACCCUCUGAAUAAGCCAUCCUGGAUAAACCCCGGCAAACCCCAUCCCAGCCUCUUCAAAGUCAAGCUCUUCCAUGGGGACAAAAGAGCUUACAGACUUCCCAACAUGUGACUGUCGCACUGCAUAGGUGACCAGCAAGAGCUCCAUCCUGAGACAGGCCUCAGGCCGAGGAUAAGCCUCCUGAUGAAACACAAGUUUCUCUUUCUGGAAAAAAAAUGUUUGUACCAAUAGUUUUGUGCUGUAAUUGUUCUUAAAAGGUUUCUUAUGAAUGUGGACGUGACAAGGUGUCCCGUCCCCCAUGUUCUGUUGUCGUUCCUCAGCAGGUAACUAACGAACUCUUGUGGCCUUUCAACUUGUUUCGUGACAAGCAAGAUGCGUGACCCCUGCCCUACUCUGACUGCACAGCGGGGAGAGGAGGCGACAGGGAGGGAGGACACGAAGCUAAAAGUCCCUUAUAGUUGCAGUGUUUGUCUGGUCUUAAGCAGCUCAAGACUUCAAUGAAAUCCGACACCGAGAAUAUCUAAAGUAUGGUCUCUCUGGGAGACGGUUAAGCUCACAGUGAAUGGAUUGUAAUUGACCGGCAUUUUUUUCCCCUCGUGGAAACCAAUAUAGACUGGGUUUUUUGCCUUG